AUGCAUGGAAAUCACGAUCAACAGACACCGGGGAGUAGCAUGUGCGCGUACACGAGAGCCCAACACUUCGAUGCAAAGUCUGCACAAUGUACGAAAGUGGCAGUAGUAGGCGCAGGAUUCCUUGGUAAAUGCAUAGCUAUCGACUUGUCGUUAUUGGGAGUGCAAGUAUUUGUAUGUGAUACGAACCCUCAAAUUAGCGAUACGCUAUCGUCGUAUGCGCAUGAGCUGCUGCAACCAUUGUUAUAUCUUGGUUAUGUGACCAAGGGUAUGGUAACACAAGCUUGUAAGAACAUUACAGUGGUCUCUAAUGUCGCUGAAUGUGCUGACGCCGCCAUUAUAAUUGAAGCAAUUCCAGAUGAAUUGGAAGCAAAAGUGAAGCUUUUCAAGUCACUUGAACAGUAUUGUCCCGUAUCGACGACAUUCGCUACAAACACGAUUGAGCUACCAAUCGACUCUAUCCAGACGCAUUUGCAGCACCCGGAUCGCUUCUUGGGUAUGCGAUUCUUCUACCCGUGCGUCCUCGUGUCUCCCGUUGAGAUCACGAUAGGAACGUCCACGUCGCAGUGCACAACUGAUCGCGUGGUGGCAUUCUUACAGCAUUUAGAGAAACAACCUCACCGUGGACCUACAAAGCGUGUAUUGACUAGCAAAGAGGCCAAUGCCUUUCAAUUCGACACAGCAGUACGUGGAAAUUUUUAUCACGGACUACUCAAGCCUAAACGUCAUUCAUCCGUGGCCGAUAUUAUCACGCCACACCCAGGACCUUCACUUAUUGGACCUAAUGUUAAUACAGGCACAUGA